UGGUAGAUCAGCGGGACCGCCGAGCUUCAGCUUCGGUGUGUUUUCGGGCUGGCUGUUCUUUGUCCUCCAUUAGAGCUCGGAUUCCCAGGCCCAUCGUACGGCGCAGGCCCGAAGUAGCGCAGCCGCUCUGAGUUCGUGUUUGAGGCUAGCACCACGCCAUGGAGGACCACAGCGUUCACCAGACUGAACACAUGACCACCAUCGAGGAGCACGCCGUGCAGCAGGUACAUGUAGCCACGUACACAGAUCACAGCAUGCUGAGCGCCGACGAGGACUCUCCCUCAUCCCCUGACGACGACGCCUAUGAUGACUCAGACAUCCUUCACUCGGCCGGCAAUGACGAGAUGACCGCGCACCUGGCAGCUGCAGGCCCAGUAGGUAUGGCUGCAGCUGCUGCCGUAGCAACAGGCAAGAAACGCAAGAGGCCCCACAUCUUCGAGUCCAACCCGUCCAUCCGCAAGAGACAACAGACACGCCUUCUGAGGAAACUGCGAGCCACCCUGGAUGAGUACACCACCAGAGUUGGCCAACAGGCCAUAGUUCUGUGCAUCUCUCCCUCCAAGCCCAACGCUUUGUUCAAGGUGUUUGGUGCUGCGCCGCUGGAGAAUGUGGUGAGGAAGUACAAGGGCAUGAUCCUGGAGGACCUGGAGAAUGCCCUGGCCGAGCACGCACCCCCUGGGGGGGAACUAACCUCCGAGCUGCCCCCCCUCACCAUUGACGGCAUCCCUGUCUCUGUGGACAAGAUGACACAGGCCCAGCUGCGAGCGUUCAUCCCAGAGAUGUUGAAGUAUUCGACGGGCAGGGGCAAGCCUGGCUGGGGCAAGGAGAGCUGCAAGCCCAUCUGGUGGCCAGAGGACAUCCCCUGGGCCAACGUGCGCAGCGACGUGCGCACUGAGGAACAGAAACAGAGGGUGAGGUUGAAAACACACUUUCCCUGUGAAUUGACUCCCUGGUAUCAUUACAAUGUUCAAUAUGAUAGAGAGGUAGGAGGAUUGACUCCCUGGUAUCAUUACAAUGUUGAAUAUGAUAGAGAGGUAGGAGGAUUGACUCCCUGGUAUCAUUACAAUGUUGAAUAUGGUAGAGAGGUAGGACGUUGUGGAGGUUAAAGGGUCUUUGAGUGG